ACCAACCUAACAACGUUUAAUUAAAAAUAAAAAUAGAAAAGAAAAUUGCAAACUGGCGUUCUUUCAAAAUAUAAUGUGGAGCACUAUUUCGCCGACAAAUUCGAAAAAACUUUUAAUUGGCAGCACACGCAGCGUUGACUAUGUCGGUGACAAUUCUACAACAAAAUCUACAAAGAUCUCAAUCGCAAUGGAAAUUCAUAUACAAAAUAAGUGCAUUUCAGCAUAGCGCAUCACUCUGGAGGGUGGUGCAGAGCCCCCAUGGCUACAGGGCCCCCUUAAAGCGGCAUUUUUGGGGGCCACUGGCGUCGGUAAAACAAGUAUAUUACAGCAAUUUUUCUACCAUGAUUUCCCCAAGACACAUCAAACAACAACCAGAAGAAAAGUAUACAAGAGCUGCCUGGUAUGUGAUACAUGUAUACGAGAGCUGAUGGUAAUCGAUGUUCCACCCCAGAAACGAUUUCCAGCUGAUAAUUUUGCUGAAUGGAACAACGGCCAUCCACUGGGGUUGAGAACAGUUCAUGCGUAUGUUUUAGUGUUUGAUAUGGGAAAUUUGGAAACAUUUCGGUAUUGCAGAUCUAUGAGAGAUCAAAUUUUGGAUAGUUUUAGUCAUCGUGAUUUUAGUAUAAUUGUAGUUGGCAAUAAAUAUGAUACAAUAACUGAAACACAAGCAAAUUCACAGGAAUUAAAAGAUAUUUCAACUUUAGUGCGAAAACAUUGGCGCUGCGGUUAUGUGGAGUGUUCAGCACAAUACAAUUAUAAAAUUGGUGAUGUGUUUCGUGAAUUAAUGGGUUGUACCAGUAGUGGCGGUGUCAUUGGCACUGAAUUUUCACAAUCAAAUAGAAAUAAAGGACGUUGUACAAUACUUUAGCAAUUUCUGCAUAAGUUUUUUUAAGUGCAUCA